GAAAUUUGCAAGUCUCAAGACUCAAGGCUCCAAAACCUUUCUAGAAUGGCACCCUAACAAGCGAGGAGCUAUUCCAUACAAAUCCAAGCUACUCGAUAUCUGAUCAGCUGACUGUAGUAAUCGUCACUUGCAGGGCCUAUAAAAUGGUCAACGUAGAGAGCAGUACUGCGUGCCAACGCGUGCCCUCUUCUCCUGCCUGCUAUGUUCCGGUUUAGAGUCUCUCUUGCAACCGUUCUCCUAAGCCUCCUUAUUGGCGCAGUCGCCCAGGAUGCUAAUACCACUGUUUGUCAAUCCAACCUCACGAUGGCUGGAGCAGCCCCGAAUAACACCAAGGUCCUCAUCCUUGGUGGUGGUAUGGCUGGCGUCAUAGCAGCCCGUACGCUUCAUGAACAGGGUAUCGACGACUUCGUGAUUGUGGAAGCCAAACCUAUAUUUGGAGGGCGUAUGGCGCAAACGAAAUUCGGUGUCAACGGAUCCCAAUACGUCCUUGAGAAAGGACCAAACUGGGUCCAUGGAACCCAAACAGGUAGUGGCCCCGCUAAUCCCGUCUGGCUGCUGGCGCAGAAACACAACUUGUCCAUGGUAGAAAGCGAUUUGUUUACGAAUAUAACGUUCUUCGAUUACAAUGGGCCUAACGACUACUCCGCGACUUUCGACGCGUCAUUGACUGCCUUCAACGACGCCAUAGUCCUUGCGGGAGAACGGUGGCAGCAGAACAAAACUGAUCUGGACCUCAGAUCAGCAUACAAUUAUAUGGGCGUUGCUCCGAAGACGCCGCAAGAGCAGGCUUGCGAGUACUAUCAGAUUGACUAUGUAUAUGCACAGGACGCCUCGCAAACGUCAACAUUAGCCGCUGCUUGGAACUACAACUACACUUUUGUUCCUGAAGCCGGAGGUUUUUCGGAUGUAGACAUGUUGUGCGUGGACCAACGCGGCUUUGCAUGUAUUGUCCAAGCGGAAGCUGCUACCUUCCUCAACACGAGUCAGGUGCUCUUCAACCAGAUUGUCAAGACCAUUCAAUACAAUCAGAACGAAGUGACCGUCCAGACGACAGAUGGAUACAACCUCACUGCAGAUCACGCCCUGGUCACGUUUAGCGCCGGCGUGUUGCAAAACACUGACGUCGUCUUCGACCCCGUGUUGCCAGACUGGAAACGAGAGGCUAUCAGUAGCAUAGAAAUGCCGGUGUACACCAAGAUCUUCUUGCAAUUCGAGAAAAAAUUCUGGUUCGACACUGGGGUAGGACUUUAUGCCGAUCAACAAAGAGGCAGAUAUCCGAUAUGGGAGAGUUUAGAUCUUCCGGGCCUUUUCAACGGCUCUGGGAUCAUCUUCGUUACCGUGACGGGUGAUUACGCAAACUAUCUUGAGCAACUCAACAAAAACAUAACGCAAGUGCAGCUAGAGGUGAUGGAGGUUCUUCGGAGGAUGUACCCUGACGCCCCCGAUCCAAUCGAUAUCUGGUUGCCUAUGUGGGGUAGAGAUCCCUUGUUCCGUGGCUCGUACUCUAGCUGGGGAGCAUCCUUCGUACCUGAACACGCGUACAAUCUGAGUGUUCCAGUAAACGGUCACCUUUGGUUUGCAGGUGAAGCUACCAGCGUUAAAUAUUUCGGCUUCUUGCAUGGCGCAUACCUCGAGGGUCAGAACGCGGCGAACAACAUCGCUGCGUGUAUCAAAAACCCUCAGCGUUGCCCGCCUACUACAUGACGCCACGGUUUGGAACAUCCGGUCCUACCCAGAUAGUUUGCAAUAGGCACCUUCGAGAUUCUUCCAGCUGUAUGAUAGGAGCGGAAAUGUUUCUCUGCAUAUGCUCCCGCCUCCUGUGGUAUCUGUAACUCUGUACAACACUACUCUCUGUACAAUCGAACUUUUUUGACCGUUUCUUCCACUGCGCAAACUUCCAUGGUACUAUUUUUCUAAGGGUCCUAAAUACUAAGUUCUGUUUGACACUGGAUGUCCGUACGAAGCUGACAGCAAUCACC